AUGCAUACUUGCAGAACCAGAAGCAACAAGCAGGAAGAGCUACUCAAUCUCACUAAUCAAGAGCUAGCACACUUAGAGCGUACAAACAGAAAAGCCAAGAAGCCAGUCGAGAUGGUCAAUCACAUAGUCUUGAUUCGCGGUGAAGAUGGGCUUCUGUUUGAUCCAGAAGGGAACCGGUACAAUGAGCAAGGGCAGAAACUCGAUGCUGCUGGGAAUCCUGCAGCUUUUCAGCCGGCACUACCCAAUGAAGGAGCAGGAGAGCAGCGCACACUAGGCGACCACAACAGGCCUGAUUUGUUUUAUGCGAAUCGGUCUGCGAUCCGACCUCCUCCGUUCCAGAGGAAUAACUUUGAGCUGAAACCUUCUUACUACACUCUUGUGGGUCUGCAUCCCUUUCAUGGUUAUCCCACUGAGAAACCAAUGGAUCACAUUGAGAACUUCGAAGACCUGGCCAGCAGCAUCAAAGCCGAUGGCGUGAGCAUGGACUACCUUCUCUGCAAGCUUUUCCCUUACUCUCUUGCUGGGGAUGCAGCUUACUGGCUAAAGCAGUUGCAACCAGGAUCUUUGACAAACUGGGAGGAUACUAAGAAAGCCUUUCUGAACAAUUUCUAUGAUGAUGCAAUGUCUGAGGAGGCAAGGAACAACAUCUCUACAUUUCGUCAAGGACCUACUGAAGCGUUCAAGGCGGCUUGGGUUCGAUUCAGAGGCAUUGAUUGGCAGUAUCAGAUGGCUCUCGAUGCUGCGAGCAAUGGGAAUUUCAACACCAGGUAUCCACAUCAGGCUUACCAACUUAUUGAGAACUUGGCAUCUAGCAAUAGUACCAAGAAUGCUGAUUUAGAGAGGAAGAAGCUAGGUGGAAACAUGGAUAGAAGUCAAAUUGCUGAGGUUAAGGCUAAGUUAGAUUCUGUGCAUGGCCUUCUUGUGGGAAAGAAAUCAGUUCAAUUUGCUGCUGAGGUUGAAAGUGUGGAUGAAGAAGAUGUUAAUUUCAUCAAUGGAGCUGGGUUUCAAGGACAGAGAUGGGCCAAUCAACAAGGAUAUAAUUCCUCUUAUCAUAAGCCUUAUGGUUCUUCUUCUUACCAGAAACCUCCUGAACAAGACAAUGAGAUGAAGUCAAUGCUUAAGCAACUUCUAGAAGGUCAGCAAAACAUGACUGUGAGCUUUAAUGGAAGGAUGGAUGCCAUGUACCAAGACUUGAAUGGGAAAUUUGAAGCUUUGAGCACACAUGUGAAGAAGUUGGAUGUUCAAGUUGCUCAAAGUGCUGAGUCUAUCAAAAGACAAGAGGGUUUUCUUCCUGGAAAGACCAAUAUCAAUCCCAAACAUUCAUGUCAUGCUAUUAUGGUGGAAACUGGAGCCAAUUUCGUGGAUUUUGAGAAGACUGCAACUGAUUUUCGCACUGCAGAAGCAAAUUCCUGCAAAUUCCAGACUGCACCAGAUCUUACAGAAACGUCCAAAUCAGGUGCAGAAAGAGUCUAUAAGCCUAAAAUUCCUUUUCCAAGAGGUCCUAGGAAGUCUAAACAAGAGAUUGAAGAUGCAAAAGUCAAGGCCAUGAUAGACAAGCUGAUGAUUGAGAUACCUUUAGUUGAUGCAGUCAAUCUUUCACCUGCACUAAGGAGGUAUGUUAAGAGAAUGGUUGUGAAUGGUGUGAGUCCUGAGGAAGGAGCAUUGCUUACCAAAGACAUUAGUGCUGUUCUCUUGAGCACAGUCCCAAAGAAGAAGAAGGUGAUGGUCUCUGAACAAGUCAGUGCUAUGAUUCAGAACAAGAUUCCAGAGAAGCUACUGAUCCAGGAAACUUUGUGCUAG